AUGGUGUUGCCACCACCAGACAAGCGGCAUGUGUGUCUUACCACCUUCGUCAUUAUGACUAGUAUGGCCUUCAUGGAUGCCUACCUGGUGGAACAGAACCAGGGUCCACGAAAGAUUGGCGUCUGCAUAAUUGUCCUGGUAGGAGAUGUCUGCUUUCUCAUAGUCCUCCGCUAUGUGGCGGUUUGGGUGGGAGCGGAGGUGCGGACAGCUCGGCGUGGCUAUGCCAUGAUCCUUUGGUUCCUCUAUAUCUUUGUCCUGGAGAUCAAGCUUUACUUUGUCUUCCAGAACUGUAAGGCAGACCGCAAAAGUUUGGAAACAGUUGCCCGGAAGGCUUUGACUCUGUUGUUGUCCAUCUGUGUGCCAGGUCUUUACCUGGUUCUGGUGGCCCUGGACAAUAUGGAAUACGUUCGUACCUUUAGGAGAAAGGAGGACAUGAGGGGUAGGCUCUUUUGGGUGGCUUUGGACUUGCUCGACCUUUUGGACAUGCAAGCAAACCUUUGGGAACCCCAGCGGACGGGUUUGCCAAUAUGGGCAGAAGGUUUGAUGUUCUUCUACUGCUACAUUUUGUUGCUGAUUCUUCCUUGUGUAUCCUUGAGUGAGAUUAGCGUACAGGGCGACCACGUGUCUCCCCAGAAAAUGAUGCUUUAUCCUCUCCUCAGUCUGGUCACUAUCAACAUUGUGACCAUCCUUAUACGUGGUGUCAACAUGGUGCUCUUUCAGGACAGCCGGGUUUCCUCCAUUUUCGUCGGCAAGAACGUGGUGGCGAUCGCAACCAAGGCGUGUACAUUCCUCGAGUAUCGAAGGCAGUUGCGGGAAUUCCCCACUCGGGAGAAUGCAAUGGGCAUUCCCAUGGAAGUCCAGCAGAACUCUGUGGGGCACGGACAAGCUUUACCAAACGCUACAAGCCUCCCACACGAACCUACUCCAGGGCGAGAGAUUAUGGAUACAUGACCAAGGAACCAAAGUGAACCCAUUAACCAAGGCUUCCAUUUAUCAAACAAGGAGCAUUCAAACUUCUAGGUAUAAACUGAGACCUGAUGAACUGCUAUGGGGACACGUUUUACCAUUAUGGGUGCUCCUUCCUGAAAUGGAGCAAAUCAAAUGAGCUA